ACAGCCCUGUUUUAUAUAUUGAGAAAGAACGCGUCAACCGGCCAAACACCUUGGCAUUUUGCACCCCCUCCUCCUCCAUAUUACAUCAUCCCAACUUCUCCAUCACUCAGCAAGAAAAACUAAGGGAAGAUCGAAGAGUACUGUGUUUGUGAUCAGCAAUGGGAGAUAAGGCAACACUAGCAAAGGCCAAAAUGGAGUUGGAAGAGCUGUAUUUGGGAGUCCCAGACGAGUCAGUGAACCUCACUUUCCAAGACUUAGCUCAAGUGAGGCAACAGAAAGCAGAGAAGAAGAGGCCGUCUUCGUCUCCGUCUCCUAUCAUCGAGAAAUCUGUCUCUCCCUUAGCCAAACUGCCCAGCCUAGACUUCAACAAGGCCUUGGAGAUGGAAAACUCGUCUCGGGCUACUCAUUCCAAUUACUAUAGCCACCACCAGCGGCCUCAGGACGGCGACUUGUGGCCGGGGGCACAAGGCCAUGCCUAUGGCCACCACAACCAUCGUGCCUACGCAAACAGCUUCGAUGAUCAUCUUGAUCAUCAUGGAGGCGGUGGGGAUCAGAGAAGCAUGGUUUAUGAUGAUAUGAGCCAUGUGAGUGGAAUGAGUGUGGCUUAUGGCAUGGAGAGAGGCCGAAGGCGGCGGCCUGGGAUUCCGCACUCCAAUAUUUGCACUAUUUGCUGCAAUUACAUAUAUAUUUGUCGCCACCGUUGCUUGGUAUGCGGCAGAGUUUAUUGCAGGCAAUGUGUAAGCAUGGGGAUGGGAGAGAUGCCUGAAGGUAGAAAGUGUAUUGAGUGUUUGGGGAGAAGAUUCAGCCAAAGGUACAUACAGAAGGCGGGCAACGUCGGGUGCUGCAUGGGAUAUUCGUCUAUGGUUAAGCAACAAGAGCUGAAGUGGGCGGAAAAAGGGCCGAGGAGGAGCGGUGAGAACAGAUAUAACCACAGCAUGAUGGCGUCGAGAUCAAGAAGCCCUGUCGCCCCGGCAACGCCAUCCAGGCCACAUUCUCCCAGCAAUCCCCCUUCGUUCAUCAAGAGCUCGCCUUAUUCGCCUUACUCGCCGACUAGCCACCAUCCCUUGCCUUUCUAGCUCAGAGUAUUAAUUAGUUAGCAUCUUUUGCUUAUGUUCCUCUAAAGAUGACAAUAAGUUAUUGUUUCGUUGGGUUUUUUUGGUUGAGAAGUACUAACUAAAGAUGUUGAUUUUGUUCUU